AUGCCUGCCAUGCUGGAUGAUCCAAGCGCGCCAAUCAUAUUCCGGACAUCAGGCGACGUGCCCUAUCCUCCGCCUGGCGGCCCUCUGCCUGUAGGCAUUGCGCCGUGUCAAGUCACGUUGCGCGACCGUGUCACCACUGCCACCAUCAUACCCUUCUCUGCCCCAAACCAGGUGCCCCUCACGCUGCUAGCUUACCUAUGCGACCAGCUUGGCCGCGAAAUCGAAAAGGGUGACACGUACCCCAUGGUCGAGCCACUCCCGCUCGACAACUUCGGCCCGUACUGGUUCGGAGUCUUCGGUGCUAUUAUGUUGCUGGGCGAGGUCCACGACGGCCGUGAGCUCCACGAAAUGGCCCGGCGAGGCUGCGAUUGGGAAAGGGAGUGUCUGGGCAGCUUUUACAUCAAGCCAAACUACCCCGGACGCUCGAGUCAUGUGUGCAAUGGCGGCUUUCUCGUCACUGACGCCUCGCGGAAUCGCGGCGUAGGUCGCCUGAUGGGCGAGACAUAUCUCGACUGGGCCCCCAAACUGGGCUACACGUAUUCCGUGUUCAAUCUUGUUUAUGAAACAAACGUUGCUUCUUGUCGCAUAUGGGAUGCGCUCGGCUUCAAGCGCAUUGGCCGCGUCAAGGGAUGCGGAAACCUCAAGUCGUAUCCAGGCGAGCUCGUCGACGCCAUCAUCUAUGGUCGCGAUUUGGGCCAGGACGACGAGUUUGUGUCCGAGGAGCGCUUCGACAAGAUUCGUUUCUAUUUGAAGAAUGGUAAAUACCCCAACGGCGCCGAUCGUGCAGAAAAAAGCCGCCUCCGUAGUGCAGCGACCCACUACAAACUCACCCUCGGUAAUGAUGAUGAGCCGGAAAAGCUAUGGCUCAAAGGCAAGGAAGUCAUUGCAGAUCCCAAGCAGCAAUAUGAAAUUGCCCAGGACAUCCACCAUAAGCACCAUGGCGGCAUCAACAAGACGACUGCCGCCAUAGCCGAGCUCUACCACUGGGUUCGUAUCAAGGAAACUGUCAGCCAGGUCAUAAGAAACUGCCCGGAGUGCAGCGAGAUGAACAAGGGCCUGUCGGCUAUGCGGCAAGGCCAGAAUCAAGCUCGCGCCGAAGCUCGUUGCGCCUCGACGUUUUCGAGUACUACCGCCUCGCAAAAGCCGAUGCCGCAAACGGCAUCCACCAGCCUGACCCCCACGCCGCCUAGUUUGUUUUCCCCGUCUCAGCCUCCUGCUUCCGUCCCGUCGUCAUCGUCGGAUUCACCGUCUACCCAAAUACAUGUCGCUCAGCCUGCUCAACCUACACAUGUAUUCCACCACCACCACCAACAGCCAUUCGACCUGCCUGUUGAUCCCGUCCUGAUGGAUGGUAUACAGUCAUCCGUUCCUGCUACCGAUAUUGUUAGGCCCGUCGAUCUACCUCCUACAUCGCCUUUUCUCCCCAUUGCUGCCUCGACUGUAAAUACUCAGAACGAGACGACGUUAGGUUAG